UUCAUUUCAACUUCUCGAAGAACGACGCUCUCGUCGCGGCAUGGAUUGGCAAAAAUAUCUUUUUAAGUUUGCCACCGCCUGAUUCGAGAAGCAAGGUCGUCUUCCUCCGUGCAUUGUGCUCACUCUGAUUUCUCCUUACCUUCGCCACCGCUCAAUUUGAGAACCAAGCUCUAUUCCACAUUCAUGGCGUAUUCCUUUUCUGCUACCCAAAAUCCUCCUCCUCUUCGUCUUCACCAUUCCUCUUCAACUAUUCCUUUCUUGCGUUCCUCUUUUGCAUCCCCAUAUCAAAAACCCAUUCCCUUCUUCAAAUCUUCUGUUUCUGCUUCGCGCUUUACUCACUACAGACCCUUCCUUUCCCUGUCACGUCCACGACUCACUUGUUCCAUUAAUGCUCUUCAUUCUGAUGUCCCUCGUCCCCACCAGGGAUCAGUGGACAUUGAGCGGGAAAAAAGGUACCAGCAGUGGGAUUCACUGACAUCCAAGUUCGCUGGAGCAGCCAAUAUUCCAUUUCUAUUGCUGCAGCUACCCCAGAUUAUCCUUAAUGCCCAGAAUCUUAUGGCAGGAAAUAAAACUGCUCUCUUUGCUGUCUCAUGGCUGGGAAUGCUUACCUCUUUGCUUGGAAAUUUGUCACUACUAUCAUACUUUGCCAAGAAGAGAGAAAAGGAAGCAAUGAUAGUGCAGACACUGGGUGUGGUUUCGACAUUUGUAGUCCUUGUUCAGCUGGCAUUAGCAGAAGCAAUGCCUCUACCUCACUUUUUGGCCACCUCAGUUGUUGUAGGAUCUGGUCUUUUUCUGAAUUUUAUGAAUUACUUUGGUUUAGUGAGUUCUGCAAUCUGGAGCUUUUGGGAAGACUUCAUCACUAUUGGUGGUUUAUCAGUGCUUCCCCAAAUAAUGUGGUCUACAUUUGUCCCCUACGUGCCAAACAGUAUCUUACCUGGGAUUACUGCCUUUGUGAUAGCUAUUCUGGCUGUUAUCUUGGCAAGAAGUGGAAAGCUCCCUGAAGAAGGUGUCAGAUUUGUUGGGCUAUUAUCUGGAUGGACAGCUACAUUUCUAUUCAUGUGGAUGCCAAUUUCGCAAAUGUGGACAAAUUUUCUGAAUCCUGAGAACAUCAAAGGCUUAUCAGCCUAUUCAAUCUUGCUUGCUAUGAUUGGAAAUGCACUUUUGAUCCCACGUGCUCUCUUUAUUCGUGAUCUCAUGUGGUUCAUUGGUUCUGCUUGGGCUACUUUUCUUUAUGGAUAUGGGAAUAUUGCAUGCCUGUACUUUUUCAAUAUUAUCAGGAAGGAAUACUUCUUGGCAGCAACAGUCGGUCUGGUUUUAUGGAUAGUGACAACUUUCUGGAGAGACUCUUCAGUUCAUGGCUACAGUUCACCAUUGAAUUCUGUACAGGCCUUAGUGUUUAAAUCAUCAAAAUGAAACUGUGGACUCUGCAUCCACUGAGAGUUAAAAUUUUCCAGUGUGUUUGUGAACAUCUAUACGGUUUAUCAUUAUGUUGUAUAAUUUUAGAAGAAAGGAAGCAAAAACAAGGGGAAAAGAAACGAGAAAAUUAUAUUGAAUCUUACCAAGGAGAUAUGUUACUGGUAAAUGAUAAUAGACUUGUCAUUGUCAUACAAAACAAUCCUCGUCCUUGAGCUGAUCAUGGAAGGCAGAUUUGCAUUUUGCUUA